AUGGCUAGAGCGGUUUACGGGAAAUAUCUCGACGCGGUUUAUGAUGAGUAUGAAAACCAAAAUCGAAGCCGCGAGGAAGAGGAUGAUAGUAGCGAAAGCUCAGAAAGCGACGAUGCUGAAGACAAUGUCCUUCUCGACGCGGAGAAGAUUAUUGAAAAGGCUUUGUUCACGGCUAUAGAUUGCAACAUGGCACACUUCAGUGCCCGUCACAUCAUGGAGAACUUACGGAACCCUUCGGUAGCCACGGAUUCGCAAGGUCGAACGCCACUCAUCGUCUCGGCAACCAUUGGGUCUGUUGAGUUUGCUAAGCAGCUCAAGUUGGGUGAUGACGAAACCGGAGACGGCCACAUGCGAAAAGCGCUCUGUCUUGCCUCCAAAUACGGCCAUCAAGAUUUCGUCAAAUAUCUACUGUCCCAGAAGUCACCCAGCCUGCCCCCUCACGAGACUUCAAAUAUUUGGACGGAAGACAACGAGCCUUCAACGCCAGUAACAAAUGCUGCGGCCGGAGGUCAUCACCGCAUCGCCGAGAGACUGGUUGAUCUCAUGUCGACCGAAGACCUGAAAACUGAGUUCCUUCACGCUGCCAAGUACGGGCUGGAUCGCGCGAUGAAAUCAAUUCUCAGCGUUGCCACGCUCAGAGACCCAAAAAUACGGGAGGAUUGCAUCAACGCAAUGGACGAAACCUCCAAUACCGCCCUUCACCAUGCUAUCAAGGGAAAACAUGCCCGGGUGGUACAUUUCAUGAUCCUCCAGGGUGCUAGCCUCGAAAUGGCCGACGACUCAAAGACGACGCCUCUAGCUAUCGCCUCGGAGAUAUCCUCUCUAGACUCCAUGAAGCUGCUCCUGGAUGCAGGUGCAUCAACAGAAACUCUCAUAAAAGGAGGAAGAUCGGUGUUGAUGCAGACGAUAUGGUGGGAGAAUGAACAAGCAGUCGAUUUGCUCCUGCGUUACAACGCUAAAGCUUGUAUCACCGGCUACUGGAGUUAUGGCGCUUCAAGUCUCCUGGAAUUCACUCUAGAGUGGUCAACCGACAAUGUGCUCAGGGUUCUCCUGAGACAUUUUGACAAAAUCAGAAAGAUGACUUCUCCAGAGUCCAUUCCUGAAGAUAUACCCACUCCGAUAGAGGCUUUACGCACCGUCAUCAAGCACGGAAGGGCAAGUUCGGUCGAUGUAUUAUUCGAAAUAUGGAGAAAGUUUGACGACACCAUACACGAGGACGACUUCGAAAUUGGACGUGAAUGA